GGACAUGAUGAAGAUGCUUCUCAGCGAGAAAAGUGAGAACGCUCGAGGAACCCUUCAUCACAUCACCUCCCUGUUUCACUUCAAGACGUUCAACAGCACCGCCAAAGACUACUUCCUCAACAUCUGGGACUUCAUUACGCUCCGUGGUUCUGCUCAGAGUCCUGCUCCAUGGCGGAGGACGGCGAGGACUUCCUGUUUAACUACACGAGGGCGGUGGUGUGGGAGGGGCUGUACCACAUGGCCAGGCGGGACGCCAUCCAGGAGGGGGACGGAGACGCCAUGGCGGACUUCUGGAGGAUGGACCUGGUUCUGCUGUGGAACAGAGAACACCUGCAGCUCUUCAACAGCAGCCACCACAUGAUCACAGGGAUGGAGGGGUUCUACCCGGAGCGCGUCAGGCAGGACCUGAAGUGGAACCGAGUGUUGAACCUUCAGGGAACAUCUGGAGGGAACAUCAGCCCGGACCUGCUCACAGAGCUGCUGAUCAGCGAGUCCAAAGGUGGGAUCGAGUUCGGUAAAGGCAGCUUCACGAAGCAGCAGGUGGAGCAGAGCGCCCAGCUGGCCGGCGCUCAGGCCAAAGACCUGGACCGGAUCUUCUUCACUGGGGGAAACCCUCUGAACCUGUCCGCGUACCUGUCGCGCCUCACGUCCUCGUCCCGCGGGAGGACGGCGGACGUGUCCAAGUUCGUGGAGGAGUUUAAGAAGGACGAGCUGUUCGACUUCAAACCGGGAAGAAGACACCAGGGCUUCAACAAGUUCAGCUACCAGCAGAGAGUCAGGACCCCCAAGAGGAUGGGGAGGAGCCUGAGGGCCCUGUCUGAGGAGCUGGACCGCCGGAGAGACCAGAUCCUCUGAGAGCGACGAGUCACGUGACAUCAGCGAUGCCACUUCUGUAGAUGAACUAACGCAUUUAGCUUGUUUAUUCCUUUUCUCUGCUAAUGUCCACUAAUCUGUUUAGAAAUAAAGAGGUUCUCAGUAAAGA